AUGCAAAAAUCAAAAGAACGACCAGCUAAGAAGAUACUCGUACUCGGGCCAUGUAAGGCAGGAAAGUCAGCAAUUUCAACAUAUUUGGCAGAAGCAAUAGAUUCAGAAUCUUUGGGAGAAUAUCGUCCGACUAAAGGAGUACGCAUUGUUGAAUUCGAAAGUAAUGAAUUGGACAUUCGAGGACAACGAGCUGAGGUAGACGUUGAGUUAUGGGAUUGUAGUGGAGAUGUGAGAUAUCGUGACUGCUGGCCGGCUUUGAAGGACGGUGUGGAAGGAGUCAUCCUGGUUGCAGAUCCGGAUGUUGAUAAAGGGGAAGAUUUGCUCAUAUGGUAUGAAGAGUUUAUCCAAAAAACGAACUUGAGAAAUGAUAACGUGAUGGUAGUGCUUAACGAGAAAGGAGACAAAAACACGAACAGUGGAAACAUAGCGGCUUUCAAGGUCAUAGCCGGACUUUCGCCAGCCGUAUUCGUGGGAUGCAAUCUUCGACAUGAAGGAGAACAUCUGAAGCAGGUCUUCUAUCAAUUCCUUGUGAAUGUUAUCCAACGCUCUGAUGACAAUUCCAUUUUUUCCGGACAAAUUCUGGAUGACAAUUGA